AUGCUCACCACCACCUUCGCCAUCUUGGGCGCUGCCCUCGGUGCCAGCGCGCACUACACGCUUCCCCGCGUCGGCUCCGGCUCUGACUGGCAGCAGGUGCGCAAGGCCGACAACUGGCAGAACAACGGCUUUGUCGGCGAUGUCACGUCAGAGUCGAUCCGCUGCUUCCAGGCCUCCCCCGCUGCGGCCUCGGCCUCGUACAGUGUCGCGGCCGGCUCGUCCGUCACCUACUACGCCAACCCCAGCAUCUACCACCCGGGGCCCAUGCAGUUCUACCUUGCCAAGGUGCCUGAUGGCGAGUCUGUUGACUCGUGGAACGGCGACGGGAGCGUGUGGUUCAAGAUCAAGCAGGACCAGCCCAACUUUGGCGCCCAGCUGAGCUGGCCUAGCGAUGGCAAGAGCUCGUUCGAUGUCCCCAUCCCGGCCUGCAUCGCCCCCGGCAGCUACCUCCUCCGCGCUGAGCACAUCGGCCUGCACGUGGCCCAAAGCCAGGGCGGUGCCCAGUUCUAUAUCUCGUGCGCCCAGCUCGAGGUUACCGGCGGCGGCAGCACCGAGCCCUCGGAGAAGGUUUCCUUCCCCGGCGCCUACUCGGCCACUGACCCGGGAAUCCUCAUCAACAUCAACUACCCCGUCCCCACUUCGUACCAGAACCCCGGCCCGGCCGUCUUUUCGUGCUAG